GACAGCUACAUAUAUUCAGUAGUCCUCAAAACCAUUAACAUACUUUUCUGAUUUUCCCUCUCUCUCUGUCUCUCUCACAAUGAGGAUGAUAAUGGCCAUUUGGUUCUUGUUUCUCUGCCUCCCAAUCUUUUCUUCCCUUUCUUCUGCUGCCUCCUCUGCCAAAUUCACACCCAGAUUUCCUUCCUCAAUCGUUAAGAAACCAGAGCAGCUCUCUGUUUCUACCAAAACCAAGCCUUACCAAACAAGGUACUUCACCCAAAUACUAGACCACUUUACCUACACCCCCAAUAGCUACCAAAAGUUCCAGCAAAAGUAUUUGAUCAAUGACACUUUCUGGGGCGGCUCCAGGAACAAUGCUCCGAUCUUCGUUUACACCGGAAAUGAAGGUGACAUCGAGUGGUUCGCCCAAAACACAGGGUUCAUGUUCGACAACGCACCUUACUUCAAAGCCCUUCUCGUUUUCAUCGAGCAUAGGUUUUAUGGAGAAUCCAUGCCAUUUGGAGGUAACAAGGAUAUAGCUUAUAGCAAUUCCAGUACACUCGGAUAUCUAACCUCAACGCAAGCGUUGGCGGACUUCGCCGGCCUGAUAAUCAAUUUGAAGAAGAACUUAUCCGCACUUCACUCUCCGGUGGUGGUUUUCGGCGGUUCCUACGGCGGAAUGCUGGCUGCUUGGUUCAGGCUGAAGUACCCCCAUGUUGCCAUUGGAGCACUGGCAUCUUCCGCUCCAAUCCUCCAAUUUCAGGGUAUGGUAUCUCCAUACAGCUUCAACAACAUCAUUACUCAAGAUUAUAGGGUACGCAAUUUUUUUUCACUCUGUUUUUUGUGUUUUUUUUUUAAAAUUUUCUUAUUUGUCCAAGAAAGGUACUUAAUAAGACAUUGGAAAUUGCAUUAUUUAAGAUAGGAUAAGAAAUAGGUUCCACACAUAUUGCCAACAACACUGUCCAUGCCACUAAGCAAUUAUCAUAUACUUAUUCACAAUAUUUUAUUGAAGAGGACGAACAAGUACGACAAGGAACAUGUAAAUUAUGACUAAGUCUAUGAUCUUGAUAUUUUUUUGUACGCACGUAAAAAAAAAAAAAAAACAGAGUGAGAGUGAAAAUUGCUACAAAGUAAUCAAGGGAUCGUGGGACCUAAUUGAAAAAACUGCGGAACGACAAGGGGGGCUGGAGCUGCUUCGGAAAUCAUUUAGAAUAUGCAAAAACCAAAUAAGUGCGGAUGGUAUAGAGAAUUGGCUUGGUACAGCAUUGAUUUACACGGCCAUGACGGAUUACCCAACCCCUUCAAAUUUCUUGAAUCCCUUACCAGCUUACCCAGUGAAACAGAUGUGCAAGGCAAUUGACGAUCCAAAAACUGGAAAUAAUACAUUUGAGAAGUUGCACGGUGUGGCUAAUGUCUACUAUAACUACAGUGGAAAGGCCACGUGUUUCGAUCUGGCAAGUCAUUCUGAUUCCCUCGGACUCGCAGGGUGGACAUGGCAGGUACCUUAAUAUGCCCUCUUAUUUGUCUGAAUUUCAUUGGGCAUAACCCCCAUAAAACCCUCAGACUAUUUAUCUUUGAAACUAUUAGCUCUUCAACAUAUAUUUUGUGUAUUUUAAUUCAUAAAUUUUACAUUAUUACUAUAAUUAAUUUAAAAUAGAUAGAAUUUAAUCAUGUGAGUUACGUGGUUAUUAUUGCUUUAUUACCCUAUUCUUAUUAGUACCAUGUUAAUAUAAAUAUAGUUUACUUAAACUAAUGAGAAUUGAAAAAUCUUGUCCAGAGCAUUUGUAAAUUUCAUUCUUAACAAGAUUUUUUUUAUCUCUAUGGGUUUAAGUGAAAAUUAUAUUUAUACCAAUAUGACACUAAUGAGGAUAAAGUAACAAGAUAGUGAUGGUCACAUAUCUCACGUGAUAAGAUUUUAUUUAUUUUAAUGAUACCAAUAAUAAGAGGUUUAUAGGUUAAAAUAUACAAAAUAUAUGUUAAAGGACUAAUGAUUUUAAAAACAAAUAGUUUGAGGGCUUUUGAGGGUUACGCCGAAUUUCAUAUCGUAGUUAGUUUUAGCUUUGUAUGGGCACACGUUUUUUUAAUGUACUAAGCAUAGUGAAAUAGACGUUAUAGGCAUAGUGGUACAAUUAUUAAUUUUGUGAAAUUCACCCAGUGCGCCACCAUCUCUUUCUUCAUUUCUUCCUCCUCUAGUUCCAUUAAUUAUAAUAAAUUAUUUAUAUUAAA